AUGGCGGAACGGGAAGGAAGCUCCUGUACGAGUUCGAAUACCCCACCGCCGCAGCAGAACACGUCUGACACGCGAUCCAAUCAGUUGUCGUCGUCGUUGACGUCCUCUGGAAGUAGCAGUAGCAGUAGCUCCCGGUCGUUGUUGACCUCCACGUCCACUUCUGCGACUUCCUCGGCCCAAGCCCCAGUGCCUUCCACUUUUAGUUCGUCGCUGUCGUCGUGGGUGCCGCAAUCCUUGAAAGUUCUUUACCAUUUCACUGCCGGCUCAGUUGCUGCCUCGGUCGCGAGCGGUGGUGAACCUACAGUGCUAAAUCCCAAUGCGUCCGGCGGCGUGCUCGGCCGGUUGCUUACAAGUUCGACAGCGCAAUCCACGCUCAUGACGCGCAACAAUUUGGGGGAGCAAGUUUCUUGGUUAAAGAGAUCGGGAAAUACUAUUGCCAUUCCUCAGGGGCCUGUAUAUCCUGCUGCGACGAGUGCCACAACAACCGCGAUCGAGGACGAUUUGUUAUAUCCCACUCCGGCUGUCACCAACCCAAGUCUUGGAGGAGGAGGAGGAAGAGGAGGAGGAGGACCUUCACAGCAAAGAACCUUUGCGCCAGUGUCAGUCCAACAACCACUGGGACCACCACCACCACCACAACAACAACAACCAACUCCAAACCCAACCUUAACCUCAACUCAUGCGACUUCGAGAUACACGAACUCCACACUUGGAACAAACACAUCCUCGACAAAUGACGCCCGACCCGCUACACGCCAACAGAUUGCCCCGGAGGUAGCAUCGACGGAUCAGGAUACAGUUGGAGUUGGAGGAAUGGCGAAGCUCUCGGUCAAGAAUAACCUGCCACGGCCGCACUUGGUCUCCUUGUCGUCGACGGGGUCAGGGUCGGGAUCUAGGUCAGCUUCCGCUAAGCAUGGAAGUACCAGUUCCAGUACCUUUGAUCAACAACAACAGAAGCGCCAGCGGUCGCAAUCAGAAGCACAACAACAACAGCAGCAGCAACAGCAGCAGCAACAGCAACAACAACACCAACAAGCACGGCAACAUGUACAUACUACAUAUGCACAAAGACCCCAACCAACACCCCAACAACGGCCACCCCAAAACCUACUCACACCUGCUUCAACCACCGGCGCCAGCGUCGGCCCGCUCCAACGCGCAUACUCGGCUUCGUUAGCUUCUCGACAGUCCCCCUCGACCAAUUUGAUCCGUCCAAAGGCCGACUCUCCAGCUCCCCAUGCUCUACAUCUCAAGAACAAGAAAAACCUCCGGCAUCCCGCGCCCACGCCCGACAGUCCUCUCGUGGACGACGACAUAUUCUCCGACGCCGUUGAUCUUACCGAAGAACUCGAUCAUGACGACAGCAGGUAUGACCACGAUCGCAACGACAAAGACAAAGACCAGCACACCGACAACGGCAACACAGUCGCUUCGAGUUCGCUAAUAGGGUUUGGCGAUGACAAGUUACUAUGGCGCGAGGACUUUGCUGAAAGAGCGGAUCCCGUGGAUGAAAGAGAUGGGAGCAGGCCUCGCCAGGUCAAAAAGCGGAAGAUAUCAAAUGACUAUAACAUGAAGGAUGAGGAUGUCUCGCUCUUUGACGACGAUGAUGAGGAGGAUGAGUUUAUGGAUAUUAAUAAAUUGGUUGAGGGCGAUCGGGAAAGUACGCCAAGGCCGAAGGCUACAUCGCGGUCUGUGUCGACAAGGCUGCCGCCAACGGUAGCGCUGCAAAGGGGUCGGUCUCCUAAGAGGAGGGAGGCUUCGUUUGAGAAGCGCACGACCACCAAAAACCAGCAGGCUGAAAGGGAUGACGAGCCGUCGUUUCUCUCGAGUCCGGAUGUCGACAACUCCCGCAAGCGAAAGUCAUCUGGAUCUCCGAAAGGUCUGAGGACGCCAAGACCGCAGCCGAAGCAGACGGAAGAAGUCCCAGGAACGACCACCGCCAAAAAGCCAAGGCGCAGUGAAGUUAUGGACUCGGAGGAUGAGGCCUUCACUCCUCUUUCUGCUGGGUCGCUGCCUAGGAGUGCCGAGUCUUUCAAAAGCGGUGGGACCACCACACGUGAAUUGGGUUUGGACGAAGACACGGUUAUGGACACGCCUAGUCGGCCGCCUGUCGAGUCUACUCUGCCAACUCUAGAGUCUGUGGAAAGUCGACCACCACCGCCGUCCAUGGAUCUUCCAUCACGGAAACCGCUGGAGCCGUUGAACACGCCGCGCAAUCAGUUGCUUGAGUCGGUGGAAAGGCCAACACAGCAGCCGUCGGUUGGACCAAGUUUCACUGCGCCGAGUACUAUCGGACAGAGUUUUGCGCAAAGCAGUACACUCGCUGAAAGCUCUCUGCCGCCAUCAAUGCCGCCACCAAGUGAAGACCCCCUCAACACAAGGGAGAACAGCAACUUUGAGGAGUUUGAUUACAAGCUUCACAAACCCCUUCUGAAACUUUUCGUUGACAGGCCCACCAUCUUGGAAAGAGAACUGAGCGCCGUUAACAACGAGCUUCAGGAGAACAUGGUCAAGCUGCGGGACUGCCUGCGACUGCCCAGGGAAGAAAGAGACAGGGCACGCGAAGAGGUGAAGAAGGAGAAGGAAAUGCUCAAGCGACGAGAUAUCGCGCUCAAAGCCCUUCAAGAAGAGCACAAGUCGUACGUCAAGAAAAGACAAGAGCAAGAAUCCAUCAACGAUGAAAUUGUUCGCGCUUAUGCGGAAGAAGACGAGGCUUACGAAGAGCAGCUGAUGGCCCAGGUGGACAAGUUGAAUGAUGAGGUUGAGGCUAUCGAGAGGAGUCUGACGAGGAAUAUCGUUGCGGCUGGGAUUACGGAGAGGAGUUUUAACCUCAAGGAGGAGGAGGAGGAGAGGAAGCCGAUCAUCAUCGCGACUCCGACGCCUUCGAGGAGAACUGAGGCCCCGGUUCUGCCGACGACGGAAUACCAUAAUUCUCAGCAGGUCAUAUUGCAGACUCAACAUCCUGCAGUGCAGCAGGCUGCUCACCGGAUGCCACCACCUCCGACGCCGAGUUUUCAAACAGCGCGCCAGACACCGGCCUCGUAUCAGAGCAGACCGACUAAUACCUCCUUUCCUGAUAUCUCGGCGGAAGAAGCAAUGAUGUUCGACGAAGAAGACCCCUUCAUGGAACAGCAUGCCCCACCUUCUGCUCCCUUCCAGGCAACCCUUCCUCAGCGCAACAGCCCGUUCAAAACUGCACCAUCCAAGCCCGUCCACGGCCACGAUUACUUCGACGACGAGGACGACGACGCCGACCUCCUGGCAGCAGUGGACAGCGUCGAGACUUAUACUUCCACGGCCACCACCAACAAUCAGUUACGAUCACGCUCGGUGAUGUCGACAUCCACGGCGACCACGAUCAAACCGAGGAAACGGAACGAAAAUGCCAAUGCCAAGAAGGCCAAGUCGCUGCAGGCAAAGCUGUCGAUGCCGCCCGAAAAGAUGAAGUAUGCAUGGUCCAAUGAUGUGCGGAAGGCGUUGAAGGAUAGGUUUCGGAUGUCGGGGUUCAGGGAGAAUCAGUUGGAGGCUAUUAAUGCUACUUUGGGGGGGAAGGACGCCUUUGUGUUGAUGCCGACUGGCGGUGGCAAGUCUCUGUGCUAUCAGUUGCCGGCUGUAGUCAAGAGUGGGAGGACUCGCGGUAUCACUGUCGUGAUCUCCCCCCUGCUAAGUCUGAUGCUGGAUCAAGUCAACCAUUUGGCAAAUUUGAUGAUCCAAGCUUACGCCUUCAACGGAGACAUGAAUUUAGAAAAGCGCCGAAUGGUGUUUCAAAAGCUCGAUGCUGAGCAUCCUGAGCAUGAAAUCCAACUGCUUUAUGUCACCCCGGAAAUGGUAAGCAAGAACCAGCAGUUCGUCAACAAGAUGAGGGACCUCUACCAGAGGAACAAACUGGCCAGAAUCGUUAUCGACGAGGCUCACUGCGUCAGUCAAUGGGGCCAUGACUUCCGACCUGACUACAAAGCUAUAGGAGAGUUUCGUAAAAGGUUUCCCGGAGUCCCGGUCAUGGCAUUGACGGCUACGGCAACACAAAACGUGAUCUUGGAUGUCAAGCAUAACCUGGCAAUGGAGAACUGCCAGACUUUCUCCCAGAGCUUUAAUCGCCCGAACCUUUACUAUGAGGUCAGGGUGAAGGAGCAGAAUCUGAUUGGUCGAAUUGCCGAGUUGAUUCGGGAGAAGUAUGACGGCCAAACGGGUAUCAUCUACACUUUAUCAAGAAAGAGUGCGGAGAACAUCGCCAAAAACCUCCAGGAGAAACACCGCAUCAAAGCCAAGCACUACCAUGCCUCCAUCACCACCGACGAAAAGAUUAAGGUCCAACACGAAUGGCAAAGCGGCGAAGUCAAAGUCGUUGUAGCCACCAUCGCCUUCGGCAUGGGCAUCGACAAGCCCGACGUCCGCUUCGUCAUCCACCAGCACAUCCCCAAGUCUCUCGAAGGCUACUACCAAGAAACCGGCCGCGCCGGCCGCGACGGCAAGCCAUCCGACUGCUACCUCUACUUCGCCUACGGCGACAUUCAAUCUCUUCGCCGCAUGAUCGCCGACGGCGAGGGCGACUAUGCCCAAAAGGAGCGUCAGCUAGAGAUGCUUAACCGCGUGGUCAACUACUGCGAAUCGCAGCACACGUGCCGGCGCGUCGAAGUGCUCCAGUACUUCGGCGAGCCGUUUGACCGCCGUGAUUGCAAAGAAGGAUGCGACAAUUGCCGGUUGGGGCGCAUCUCGAAGUCGACGGAGAUGAGGGAUUUUACGGAAAUCGCCUUCGCUGCGAUCGAGGUGGUGAAGAGCCAGCAGCCCAUCACGCUGGGUAAGUUGUGCGAUAUCCUGAUGGGCAAGAAGAAGAACGAGCAUGGUGGCGUGUGCCACUUUGGUAUCGCCAAGGGGAGCACGCAGAGGGAGCUGCAGAGGAUCGUGCUGCAGCUGAAUUUCCACAAGGCUCUGGGCGAGGAUAAUAUUAUGAAUGGGGCGGGGAUGCCUAUUACUUACUAUGUUGCCGGCCCUGAAGCUGGUGCUUACCUUUACAACGGCAAGCGGUUGAAACUGCCAGUUCCCUCGAACAAGUCCGUCGAACCACCGUCUCGGCUUAAGCAGCGGAGCCGUCGUGUCGACAAGGACAUGGAUGAGCCUGAACUUCCUACCUUCCAACGACCGCCAACAUCAACAAAUGUCUCUUCACCCGUUCGAGCCACCAAGAAACGGAAUUCCGGAAAGGUUUUACCGACCCUCAUCGCCGACUACGAAGAGCCCAGCUCCGACGGUCCACACGGUCCUCUCCACGCCAACGGCUACGAGCGUGACAACUUCGUCGUAUCCGAUAACGUUGAACCUGACGAGGAAGAAGAAGCCUUUGAGCCCGUCCGCCCUUCCCGACGUGGUCCAGCCUCCCGAGCUACCCGCCCCCAACACCGCCAAACCACCCUUUACGACACCCUCUCCCACACCCAACAAUCCCAAACCCUCUCCCAACACCUCGCCACCUUGGGUCCCCCCAUCGACGCCCGAACGAUGCAAAACCCCCGCUUCGCUCAGCUGGACGAAGUCCACCAAUAUAUUGUCGAUGCCUUCGUGGAAGAAGCCAAGAUCUUCGAGGAGGACUUCCGCAACAAGAAUCACAUGCGCAAGCCCAUCUUCACUGAGAUCCAGUAUAGAGAAAUGGCGAUCCGAUGGACGCGCACGCUGGACCAGAUGCGUGCGAUUCCAGAUAUCAAUCAGGAUAAGGUGGAUCGGUACGGGGCCAAGUUCAUCCCGCUUGUGGAGCGGUUUUGGGGGAAUUAUCGGGAUAUGAUGGGGGGCGGGUAUGAUAAUCCUUGUGUGGCUGAUGGUGCCGAAGAUCAGGGGACAGGGAGGGGGAAGACAAGUGGGAAAGGGGGGAAUAAAAAGGGAGGAGGAAAAGAGGUGGUGGAUUUGAUUAGUAGUGAUGAGGAUGAACCUCAACCUCGUGCACCACCACCAUCACGGAAUCCGGGGCGGGGAGGAGCCACAGGACGGGGACAAGCAGCGGCCGCCCAAACUGCACGAGGACAACAAACCCAAGAUAAAGGAAGAGCAGUAAACCGCCGCGGCGAACCCAUCGAAGAACCAGCAGAAGAAGAAGAUUACGGCCUAAGCGACCUCGACGACGCCGUCGAUCCCGACGCCACCACCGCCUCCGAAAACUCUGACGAUGACGAAGAAGAUGAUGACGAAGACUUGGAAUCCUCCCGCUACUUCUCCGGCUCAACAGGUCCUCCAGUCUCCAAAGCCGUGCAAGACGCUAGGCUGAGGGAGCAGUUAUCUAUGUACACCUCCGGCGGCAGCUCCUCUAAAGGUAGCUACGGCUCAGGUCGUGCAUCGGGAUCAAGUUCGAAAGCGUCGGGGUCGGGGUGGAAAGGGGGAGCAGGUGGUGGGAAGAAAUACUAUAGGAAAAAGAGGGCGAGUUCUUCGGUUGCUGGUGCGGGGGGUGGGGUGACGAAGAGGAAGGCUAGUGGAAGUGGGACGAAGACGACGAGGAAGAGAGGUGCGUCGACUGCACCGAAGACAACGAGAGGGGGAGGAGCUGGGUCUAGGGGAGGUGGUGCUGGAGGAGGAGGAGGAGGAGCAGGGAAAAGGGGAGGAGGUGCUGGAGGAGGGGGAGGAGGAGGAGGAGGAGGAGGAGGAGGAGGAGGAGGGUUUGGUGGGAUGGGAGGGAUAAGUGUUAUGCCUCAUUAG